AAGGAAACCUUAAAAUUUCGCUUGGAAAUCUAAUUGAAAUUUUUAAAAAUUUAAUGACUAUCUUCUUCGGAAAGAGUAAAUGGAGAUAUUUGACCGAUAUAAAAGAUAUACACACUGGCUUUCGGAGCAAACAGAUCAUGACACUCGCAAAGAUACGAGAGUGUAAUCGAUGGCGGUGAGCUAUUGUUCGCUUUGUUUAUUUCUUGGCAAUAACCUGUUGGCGACCAUCCACAUUAUCGGAAAUAUUCCUAGGUUGGAAAUUCAACAGAUAGAACACCUCUUGUAAGAAGUAAAGAGAUACUUGGAAGUACAAAUUAUGGUACUCUUCCCAAUCUUGAAACAGAAGACGCUGAUGAAGAAUCUGAAAAUAGGCCCAAAGAAAAAAAGAAAACUUCGAAUAUAGGAACAUUUCUUCAUCUAAUAAAAGGAAAUGUUGGCACAGGAAUAUUGGCAAUGCCUAUUGCAAUAUCAAAUUUUGGUCUAAUGGCUGGAAUAUUAGGCAUAAUUUUAUUAGGAGUGUUUUGCAUAUAUUGCAUGCAGUUGUUAGUAUUCUGUAGCAAAGUGGCUGUUGCUGAAAAGGCUAGACGAAAGCAACUAAGAGAAUUGCAAACUCAGCCAGGAUCCUCCGGAGUAGAAGAAAAUGUUGUGGCAACUGAUAGAGUUGUGAGCAUUUGGCCAAGGGAAAGCAAUUCAGAAAUACCUCAAGGAUAUCAAACAUAUGAUCAAAGUGUCAAUACACAAGGCAGUGCAAAUCAAGUUUCUGAAGAAAAUUCAUCUCUGGAUUAUGCUAACACUGCAUUUGAAGCAUUCCGUCAUGGCCCACAAUAUUUCCGCUCAUGGGCUUCUUAUAUGAGAUUUGCUGUUAAUCUCUUAUUGGUAUUAACACAAUUUGGAUUUUGUUGUGUUUAUUUCCUUUUUGUUGGACAGAGUUUACAUGAGGUUUCUUUAAAUAUGAAGGUUUUUACUUCACUGAAUACUACCACCAUUAUGGCUAUUGAACUGCCAUUUAUGAUUCUUUUGAAUUUCAUACCUAACCUUGAUAUGUUAACCAGUGUUUCAACAACAGCAGUUGGUCUGCAAAGUGUUGGGCUUUUCAUGAUGUUUAUGUAUUUUGUUACUGGCCCUUUCAGUGAUAGUAUUAUACCUUACAUUGCGCCUGUCCGGAAAUGGCCACUGUUCUUUGGCACUGCCAUGUUUAGCUUUGAAGGCAUAGGAGUGGUUUUACCACUGGAAAAUGAAAUGAAAAAAAAAAAGAGUUUCAGAAAAAUUGUGAACAUAGGUAUGGCAAUUGUUGUACUCUUGUAUCUUCUGAUUGGUAUUUGUGGUUAUAUUAAAUAUGGUGCUGAUGUAAAGCCUAGCAUUACAUUUAACCUUCCAGUAGGAUGCUUCAGUGAAGUAAUUAGAUUGUUGUUUGCCUUGGCCAUCUUUUUAUCAUAUCCUUUACAGAUGUAUGUACCAUUUACAUUUAUAUUGCCAUACUUGAAAAGGAAAUUAGUCUCUGAUGGAUGCAAUAGAUGUGGUGAGCUUACCAUAGAUUGGAUUAUAAGAACAUUUCUUGUGUGCAUUACAUUUGGCAUUGCAGUUGGAGUGCCCAUGUUAGAUUUAGUCAUUUCAUUUGUUGGUUCUGUUGCCAGUAGUUGUUUGGCUCUUAUUCUUCCAACUUUAAUUCAUAUUGUCACAAUUUUAAAAUAUGAUGAUAUUAGGUAUAAAAAAGCACUCAUAGCUGUUGACAUGUUUCUAUGUGGUCUUGGACUGUUUGGACUAGUUGUGGGUGCAUUUACAUCAAUUUCAGAAAUGGUAAACAGAAAUACAACUGAAGUAGCUUUAACUGUUGCAUCGUAUGAUGAAUUAAUGUCUUCUGGAAUUAAUGAGACUAUUUUGCUCUUAAGUUCAAAAAAUUCAAGCUGUUGCACUCUCUUUCAUUAAAGUAAAAAACUUAAUAUAAUUUAUUUUGCUAUGUUUAAUGGAGUCUCUUAAUAUUAUUCAAAAAAAUGUGGCUAAAUACAAAAAUAGAUUUUUUGAGAUGCACCAUGAAGCUAAAUAGAAAGUUGUUCUAUUUGUAAUUUAAUAUUUAUUCAAAUUGCAAUUUGAAUUUUGAUUUUUAUCAAUAUAUGUAGUUUAUUAAUAUAAAAUUUGAUUCAUUUAAAUGCCUUGUUUUAUUUUUAUAUGAUAUAUUUUUCCUUUCAAUUCAUUGAGCUAAUUAUGUAAGAUACAUUAAUUUUUAUUUUGAAAUUAACUCUUUCACAUAAUUUUGUUGUUUUAUAUUAUGAUAUUGCUAU